AAUUUUUCCUAUUUUCCCUUUUGUCUACUUUUUUUAGGGACAACCUGCACAGCUUUAGAUGGCAAAGCUGGCCACAAUUCUUCUGUUGUGGAAAAUUGGCAGGGGUGGGCUGAAGUUGAUUUUCUUUGUGCAUCAUUCUGCUUUUUCAUGAAAACUGCUGUGGAAGACAGAAAACAAUUGCAAAAUAGAGAGAAUUGUCACCCUUCACUAUGAAAAAGAACAUCCUGUGAGCUUGUUUCAAGCUUUCUGCCUCAUCACCUGCUGUGCUGAUCAGAUAAGCUGUGCUCCGAGCUCUCCUGGGGAGGGUUUGUCCUUGGGGAGACAUGGCCUUCCGCAGCUGGAAGCGGCUCCUCUUGGGCAGGCAGAACACCUUUGCCAAGGCUUGGAGGAGCAGGAGGGGAGGCUUCUCUCUGCGCUGGAAGCGCUGCUGCCAUUGGAGCGCCGGCAAGUCUCUGGACCCUGAGGUGAAAGCAUUUUUGGAGGAGAACACGGAGGUCACCAGCAGCGGGCACCUCACGCCAGAGAUACGACUGCGCCUCCUCACCCCUCGCUGCAGAUUCUGGAGGGAAAAACCCGACCUGUGGCCUUAUGGGGACCCAUUCUGGGCAAUUUACUGGCCAGGAGGCCAAGCCCUCUCCAGGUAUAUUUUAGAUAAUCCGUGCAUUGUUAAAGGACGAUCGGUUUUGGAUCUUGGAAGCGGAUGUGGAGCAACAGCAAUAGCCGCUAUGAUGAGUGGUGCAUCCCAAGUCCUUGCUAAUGACAUCGAUCCUAUUGCAGGAAUGGCAAUGAUCUUGAACUGUGAACUGAACCACCUCAAUCCCUUCCCCAUCGCCAUUAAGAACAUCAUUAAUUCAGAGGCUGGCAACUGGGACCUCAUUGUUCUAGGAGAUAUGUUUUAUGAUGAACAACUUGCUGAUAGCCUGUAUCACUGGCUGAGGAAAUGCAUCAGGAUACAGCAAACUGAAGUGCUGAUCGGUGACCCUGGCAGGCAUCAGUUUUUAAGCCACAGCAUUCGCAGUCAAUUGCACAAAGUUAUAGAGUAUUCCCUUCCCGAGUACACUAGACAAGAAAACAACGGAUUAACAUCAAGUAGCGUCUGGAGUUAUCAGCCCUCAAAUAGCUUAGGAAACUGUUGAAGCUGGCUUUCUAGUGAAUUUUGUCUCACUUGGUUGGCUUUGUUUUUUUAAGUAUGUAAAAUGGGAAUUAAUCAUGGAACAUAGCUGUUGAUGCAGAGUACAUUACUGUAUCUUCACUGCACUGAUUUCAGUCAUGCACACUGAGGCUUUUGCUCCAUUUGAGGUAAAAACUACAUGCAAACUGUGUUCAAAGGAGUGCACCGGAGUGCAAAUCCAAAGACAAGUUACAGUUAAGGGUUUGCGUGCUUGAUAUUUUUCAUGUAUCUGCACAUCUUCCUCUCUGGCACUAUUGUGAAAUGUUGUAGACAUGCACUGUACUGCUAUGGGGAGAAGGCAGUGGCUGAAAGACCACUGCACUGCUUUCACAGACUGUUGCUGCUUAUUUACAGAGAGUUAUUGCUGCCCUUCGUAAAACUCCCUGCUGUCAGCUCAUACUAUGCUCUACUUGAAGUGCCUUGCUCUUUUCCUGGAUAUCUCUUCUGAAUGUCAAAGUAACUAAUUUAAAUCUCUCCCUUCCCCUCUACAAUAAAAACCUACUCCUUCCUUGAA